AUGGAAGUUCAAUGGAAACUCUAUAUUCUGUCUCCUUCUUUACCCUCUGCGUCUUUGAAAAGUCGCUUUAAGUACAGCAAAUUAGAAGAAGGCGUGAAGCUUUAAAUUAACCUCUAAGUGUCAUUUAUAUUUUUUCAGUUCCUUGCAUGCGACUUCCCCAUUUUAGCUUCAAUUAAUGAGAGAAGACUCCAUGUCUUCCUUCAGUAAGAUCAGCACAAGCGCUUCUGCAGAAAGUGAUUCUGAUGAGCUCCGGCGAGGGCCGUGGACUCUGGAAGAAGACACUCUCCUCAUUCACUGCAUAUCUCGCCACGGCGAACGCCGGUGGAAUUUGUUAGCAAAACGCUCUGGCUUGAAGAGGACAGGGAAGAGUUGCAGAUUGAGAUGGUUGAAUUAUUUGAAACCAGAUGUGAAGCGAGGAAAUCUUACUCCUCAAGAACAGAUGGCCAUUCUUGAACUUCACUCUAAGUGGGGUAACAGGUGGUCGAAGAUUGCUCAGCAUUUACCAGGAAGAACUGACAAUGAAAUCAAGAACUACUGGAGAACUCGCGUGCAGAAACAAGCCAGGCAUCUGAAGAUUGAUGCAAACAGCACAGCAUUUCAGGAUGUUAUUCGUUAUUUCUGGAUUCCCAGAUUGCUUCAGAAAAUUAACGAAUCAUCAUCUUCUUCCUCUUCAACUGUUAAUCUUAAUCCUCACUCUAAUUUUCAGCAAUAUAUUUCAACAUCAUCAUCACCCUCAUCGUCACUCCAGCCAGUGGCACCGACAAAAAUUGCAGGUCACCAGGGGGGUUUUUAUCAUCAAGAGAUGAACUCAGACUCCGAACAUGGCACGAAUUCUUGCAUGUCCUCAUCAGACUCAAUGAAUUUUACUCAAAUAUCUCAGUUUUCAGACUACCAAACGAGUCCUUUUCAGUAUCAAUACAGCACGUUUCCCAGGGAUUUCUACUUGGAAACCAUGGCAAAUCAGGGAGAUUUCAACAACCCACUUAACGAUUGUCAAUUAGGAGCUGAAAAUAACAGUUGGGUUGAAUAUGAUUUAGCUGAAGAUGGCAUGUGGAACAUGGGUGAACUCUGGCAAUUCAAAAACUCAGUAGAAAUUUAAUGGAAUCUCAGGAAGUCUUUGUUUUUUUUUUUUUUUUGUAAUAAAGAAGUAUUACGGUUCAGAACUUUAAUUUUAGUCAGUCAGUAUUAAUGAAAUUGGAUCCUCUGUUGUACGUGUACAAGCCAAUCUAAUUUGUACAAGCUCUAAGUAUUUAACGUGUUUAAAUUUCAGUUUUCCAA